ACAUUUUGAUUUCUGAUGAUUAUAGUUUUAAAUGAAUGUGAUUGUAGGGCCAAGUUUUGUAGUUACUGAUGAGGAUCUGGUAUAUGUUGGUUGGCCUUAUAAAUUAAAUCAAGUUACACUCCUGUCACACACCAUCUUUUUUUCUUUUUCAAAAGAAAUCAUAAUAUUACUUCAGUAAGGUCAAGAUUUGUCCAAAAGAGGAGCAUACUUAUAUAACAGUCAUUUACUAUAAAUAAUCAUUCGCAAAUCCCAACGCUCUCCUUGUAUAGCGUGUACAUCUUCAUCAGCAAAUAUGAGAUAUGCAUUAUAUCCAAGCAAGGCUUUAAACUCAAUUUCCAUGUAUAAAGCACAAAGAGUUGUAGCCUUCAAAAUUUACAACUUUUUUGCCAUUGCAAGUCUAGCAUUCAUGCUUCCACCUAAGGGCGGAGCUAGAAUACAUGUUAUUGAUUCAGCCGAAACUAGUAGCUUUAAUUUAAACUCCAUAUUUGUCUUAAAAAAAAAUAUUGAAUAUGUACAAAUUAUUAAUUUAGAAUUCAAAAAUUUAAAUGAUUAUAAUUGGGAAACCAUAAACUAGUUAACAAAACACAUCCCUUCCGUUUAGUAUCCAUAUUCUGAUUUUCGUGCCUCCCUGUCUUCAACCUUCAGCGAAAAGGCUUAAAAAAAGCUGAACUUUUCUUUCAUUUUGAACUACAACUCUUUUACGCCAUUAAAACUGGAAGAGCUACAAUUUGCCGUACUACACUGUAAUUGCGCUUCAUGAAACAAGGUCAUUAAUUUUCAUGGCGGCGACCAAAUUGCUAACAGUCUCCAUAGUAUUCGUGGCGCUUUCUACAUUAGCAGCAGCCACAGGUGUUGGAUUUUGGAGAAGAAAGACAAGAGCUGAUGAGGAGAAAAUCCGAGAGUUGGAAAUAUCUUUGAAGGCUGCAUUGCAAAAAUGCAGUGCUGAGAGGCAAGGCCGCAUUAGAGCUCAACAGGCAUUGAGGAAAGCCAACUCAAAUAAUUCUAAUAAUUCAUAUCCUUUGGCACCUAUUGCAAUCACUCAGUCAUGCUUCUCCACGAGGAAUGGGACUCCAAGGCAACCUUUGAUUGUACCUCUUGCUAGAGCAUGUUUAGUAUUUGAUCCAACUCGAGUUCCACCUGCAUCUCUUGAGGGUCUUGAAGGCUAUUCUCACUGCUGGAUAAUGUAUGUCUUUCAUCUAAAUACGGAUCUUGACAAGUUAUGGAAGCAUCCAUCUCAAUCUAAGUUCAAGGCAAAGGUAAGAGUACCAAGGCUGAAAGGAGAAAGGAUGGGUGUCUUUGCGACAAGAUCUCCCCAUCGUCCAUGCCCUAUAGGCCUCACUGUUGCAAAGGUUGAUGUUGUGGAUGGCAAUAAAGUUUUCAUUUCUGGUGUUGAUUUAGUUGAUGGAACUCCAGUUCUUGAUAUUAAGCCAUAUCUUCCAUAUUGUGAUAGUAUCCCUGGAGCAAUGGUCCCCGGUUGGGUAAAGGUGGAUAAUAUGUUAGCUGUAGCAUCUGUUAACUUCUCUCACGACUUCUCUGCCUCUCUUGACCAUUGUUGGUCAAGAAUAACAGAGAAGAAGAAGAAGAUAUCCCUUUAUACUUCUCCUACUGAAUUUCAAAACUUGAUUCAACAAGUGCUGUCAUGGGACAUUCGAUCAGUAUCUCAGAGAAUUCGGCCUCAUAAGACUGAAAAUAGCAGCAUGAUCUCUCAGAAUUCAGACUGCCAGGAUAAUGUAACGCUUGAAGAUGAUGACAGUCAAGAGACACUUCAUUUUCCUGAUGAUAUUGUUUACCACCUUAUUUUGGAAGGCCUUGACAUCUCCUACAAAAUUGACUAUGACGGCAAUGUUCAUGUUGAAAAGAUUGACCUUGCAUUCCAAUCUGAAGAAACUUGAAGAGACUUAAGCAAUUUCAUGACAAGAGAGAGCAUGUUGGUUUGUCUUACCGCAUUAUCAGCUAGUUAAAAUCUUCAUGUUGUACUUUUAUCCGCUGCAACAUGAAUCAUGUAGGUACGGCUGAUCCAAACCAACCUUUUUUGGAGUUUUACCAUCCUGGCUUCUGCAUAUUCGUUUCCCCGUGCAGCUAUUAGAUAUUUGAUCAGGGUAGUAUUUACUGCACUCUAGCAUCAAAGAAUCAUACAUAUCAACUAACUGCAAAGAUGAGUGAAGAAUCUGUAAUGUGCCUAAGGUAGAAGAGUUGAAGUACAAUUGUUACCUUAUCUUCCAUUUAUCGAAGUGAUAUCUUAUAGAGUUACAGAAUCUACAGUUUGAUCCUUUUGUCCUAGAGCUGGCAAUUAGAUCCUCAAUUCGGCAGUGCUGAAGUGUAAAAUUGCUUAUAUUCACCUAGAUUAUGUUUCUAGCCGAGUUUAACAGAUGAUUAAAUUUUAUUUGGUAUGA